CUCAAGGAAUCGAGGAUGAGCUGCGCUGACCCAAAAGCACCCGCCGGUGAGGAGAAGAAGUCGUCAUGGCCGGAGUUAGUGGGGAAGUCCAUCGAGGACGCCAGGGAGGUCAUCCUCAAGGACAUGCCUGAAGCGGACAUCGAAGUCCUCCCUACCAACUCCGUGGUGACCGCAGACUGGAGGAGCAACCGUGUGCGCAUCCUCGCUGACACUGUCGCGACCACUCCUCACAUCGGCUAGCUAGAUUUGCUCGCU